UCUUCCCGCUCUCGCAAUCCCUCCGUCCAUUCUAGACCAUCUUUACUUUGGGCGGCGGCCCCAUGCCCGGCCCUUGAGUCUCACUUGUUCCUCCUCCCCCACACCCUUUUCUCGGCCAUUACGCCGCCUCCCACCCCUCCUCCCCAAUGGCCCUCGCCGCUCCUCCCCGCGGAGUCAUUCCCGGGGAUUUGUUACUCGUCGUCCAUGAUUUCGAUGCCCGCGGCCCCGACGAGCUGACUUUGCGACGCGGGGAAAAAAUCGAAUUGGUUGAGCUGGAUGAGGGCUUCGGAGAUGGCUGGUAUCUGGGCAAAGAAUUGACUACCGGUUCGACAGGUCUCUUCCCCGGAGUAUACACCACGGCCGCCCCAAAGAUUCGCACUCGCCCCCCUACUGAGACCACGGUCCAGGCGACGGCCGAGCACCCGACAGAGAUCGAUGGCACUACUCUUGAUGCUGAAUUUGUUCCCAGGAGCGGCGAUUCUACCCCUCAAGUUUCGCGCCAUACCAGCAUCUCCGACCUACACGCCCCCGAGGUGCCCCGGUCGCCCCCGCAACAGCAGCAGCCACAGCAACGUUCCGCCUCUUCCCCCUUGCCGGCUGCCAAGAUCUCCCUUGAAAUCCGUCAGGCGCUGGAGGGGCAGCAUCGCAAUGGCCAGGACAGUCCCGUCAUGAACGAGACCCUCAGCGUGAUCGAUGAACACAUCACCGAUCUCAGCACGCCGCGGCAUAGCGUGGCUGAUCGGGAGCCCUCCGUUUUGAACGACUCCGCCAGCGAGUAUAGCAGCCAUCUGGAUCACCGUCGCUCUUACAUCAAUGGGCAUGAAACCGAUGAGGAGGAAGAGCGGCAGCCACAAGAGGCUCAGGUUCGCCGAUGGUCCCCGGCCUACACGGCCCGGCAGCUACGUCAGCUGGGUAUUGAAAACAAGCACUGUGACAUAUUCGAAGAGCAGGAGAUCAGCGGCGAUGUUUUGCUCGACAUGAACCAGGACUUCCUAUUCAUGAAGGAGUUUGACUUUGGGGUUAUGGGCCGUCGCCUGAAGACUUGGCACAAGAUUCGAACGUUCCAGGACCAGGUCAAAGUCAGUCCCAAGGCCCCAUCGCCGGCAGUAUCGCCUACCCUGCCGCGCAGCUCGCUGGUCGCAGGCCCAGGCUCGCCGGAGCGCACACGUAGUCGAGCGGGACAGACGGCCCCCUUGCUACCACGCAUUCCGACUUUGCGCACCUCGAAUACGCCCCAUCCCAGACUUGUCGGUAACACCGGCCCUAGUACCGGCAGUAGCUCCCCGAUUCCGUCGCAAGCUCCGUCGUAUAUGGAUCAUUCGCGUCGCCCAUCUGCGGCGUCUGUGCGGGAAAUCAAUCAUUCGCGCCGACACUCCUCCAUUGAUGCGACAACUCGCUACUCCGGAGUUGUCGAUGGCUCCCCAGGACCCACGCAGCGGGGCUCCUUCGAUCGCGCCUGGUCUCUGUCCACAGGACCUCAGCAACGCCUACCCACGCGUCCGGGAACAUCGGCAGGGACUUCGACGGCCAAUUCUCCAGCCUUUGAGACGGGCUUCGUGCAUACUGGCGGUCACCGUGCGAACGAGUCGAAUGGCUCUGACACUACAGCUGCCACGCCGGAUGACCUGGACCGCGGUUAUUUCUCGGGCCCCGAAGGCGACACCCGCAAACACAGGCGACUUUUGCAAAAACGGCAGUCGGCGGCUGGGAGCGCCGAUGCGCGCAUCUCACCGGUCCCUGGCGAGCCUCUUCGGGUAUCGAAGCGGCACUCGCGCAUCAGCAGCAUGGACUCGAUUCGAGAAAAGGCUGUGCAGCCUAUUGCCCCGCCCAAUAAGUCUUUUACAGCCCCUGCACCGAAGGGACGACUCCGCAGUCUCAGCACUCGCCUGGUAGACCGGCGAACACCACAGUCGGCUCCAGUCUCCGCGAUCGAGGAUCGUUCUGGAGGGUCCAAUUUAUUCGGUCCGCUAUUCGGCGGCAAGUCGGAAAGUGACACAUCCCGUUCGUCUCAGCAACCAGCGAAGACUGGCGCUCAAAAGUUUCGACGUGUCGUAGGUAUCCGCACGAUGUCGGAUGUGGUGAACAAGGGCGUCGACACCACCGCUGCGCCACCGUCUCCAGUUCGGGAUCGAGAUCCUGCUCCUGCCCGGACCGGAUCCACGACCCCUUCGACCACCAAGAGUUCUGAACGGUUGAGCACGGACGGCUCCGGAAAGGCAACGGAAAGUGGUCUAUGGCCCCGCUCCCGUCCAUCUGUCAAGACUGGGUCCAAGUCGAAGAAGGACACCAGUGCUUACAUGCGCGGGCUGGAGAAGAAAUCGCCGCAGGAGCAGAUGACAGGCUGCGAUUACGUCGGGUGGAUGAAGAAGAAAUCCCCGAACCUGAUCACCACGUGGAAGCCACGACUAUUCGUGUUGCGAGGUCGUCGGUUGUCGUAUUACUAUUCGGAACAGGACACAGAGGAACGGGGAUUGAUUGACAUCACCGCGCAUCGCGUGCUACGUGCCGAUCACGACCCUAUGAUUGCGUUGCAUGCCACUAUCACCGGCUCUACCGGGUCGCCGACUGCGCCUGCUCCUUCCGUGCAACUGGCUGAUGGAUCUUCCUCGUCGGAUCCCAUUCCCACCAGCGAGGCACCGCGAGUCAGCAAGUCCGGCAACGAGGGGCCAUUCUUCUUCAAGUUGGUGCCACCCAAGUCGGGCUCUUCACGGACAGUGCAGUUUACCAAGCCGGCAGUCCAUUAUUUCCAGGUUGACAACGUGCAGGAGGGCCGGCGCUGGAUGGCCGCUUUAAUGAAGGCGACCAUUGAGCGGGACAUGGACUUGCCAAUAGAGACAACAAAUAAGCAGCGUACCAUUAGCCUGAAGGAAGCGCAGUUGAUGAAUCAGCGGCCGCCGGCACUGAUGGCAGGAACGGCAGCUGGAGCGGAGGGGGCGGCGCCCGAGGCCACAGCGACAGAAGACGCAUCAUCCAAAGCACCUUCUGAGCCUACCGAAGGGAAGACGACAGGCGCAGAGACAGAAGACGCACCCGAAGAACGAGGCUUGAUGAUUAAAGGGCUUGAUUUGGACGGGCAGCGUGCCAGCAGCGACAGCAAGGAGGGCGUCCAGCUGUCAAAGCCUUUGGGAGACGUUGACACUGACCCUGCGUCUUUGGUCCCAGAGUCGAUGCGAGACUCACAGUGAUGCAGCCUGGGAUUUCACUUUCUUUCCACCUUUUCCCUUAUUCUCUUAUUCUUCUUCCCCCCUCGCCCGCACUUCUUUCUAUUACCUUCUUGUAGUGAUGACGGCGAGCUCGCUUG